AUGUCCUUUGACUCCCUUGACCCAUUUUGUGGUUCAAUCGUCGCAGUUAGCGCCGAGGCUCUCGAAAGCGACACCACUAACCAUAACCUACGUUGGGGGGACUACUUUAUCAAGUUUGGAGAUCCAUCGCUCCUCUACGAGGCCAAGACGCAACGAGAUGACCCAGACGCACCAAUCAUUCCGAAGGUCAUCACCCACUUCACCCACGACUAUGUCGCAUACCUGGUUUCGGAGUUCAUCGAUGCUCCCACCAUUGGAACCUGGUUGGAAUGUACGAACCCCAGUCAGCAUGCGCUUGGCUACUGCGCGGUUGCGAAUGCCUUGGAUUGGCUCCGUCGCGUCCCCGCUCCGCCCGAUGCCACCGCCCGCAUGGAGAAGUCCGUCUUCAUUCAGGCCGAUCCCACAGUCGGCAACUUCCUUGUGGUGUCGGAAAGAAUAGUCUUGAUCGACUUUGAAGACGUCAGCCUGCUCCCAGAAUCUUUUUUCAGCUACAUGAUGAACACUACGAACGGCUUUGUCGAAAAGGUCGCCAAGUAUUUUCCCGGGGAGCGGUUUCACAACUUGCCAACGAUGCAAGCGGCUAAUAUCCGUCCCCUCCUCUGGCCCACAGUGCACCAUCAUGCGGAAUUCGCCAAACAAGACGACGCAACUCUCCAUGCAGAGAUGGCAUUGGCUGUGAUUCUCAUCUUUAUCUCUGGAUUGCGCCCACGCGAAUGGCCGAAGAGUAGCGUUCAGCAACGCCCUAAAUCCGAGAACAUUAUCUGGCCUGGCGUGCACUAA